AUUGAGGGGAGUUGCAUGUGGUAGGAGGUACUUUGAAAGUUUCUUUGCUACCAAGAUCAAAGUCAAUCAUACACUGGAAUUAUACGAUACGACUAUAUACACCUCCAGGCUAUCUUAUCAUGAUAUAAGUCAGUAUAAAUUGCUAAAGAUUAGCUAUUCGGUCAAUAUGUUAUAACGGGAGGAAUAUACGCAUGUCGGAAUAUUGCUAACGAUUUGCCCCCCUGUUCGAAAACAAAUCGUCAUGGAAAAGCAAGGACGCAGCAUCACGCCGCUGAGGUCAUUGACUUUGGACCUCCCUCCUAGCUGUAUCGAGUUUUGCCCAAGUCACCCGGAGUAUUUUGUGGUUGGCACAUAUAAUCUGCAGAGGGGAAGCGAAGAUCCCGGCACCGUUGCCGAGGGCGAUGAAGAACAAGAGCAGGCAACAAAGUCCGUGCAGACCCGAGAUGGGAGUCUCAUUCUCUUUAGGUUGGCCGAGACAGAUGAUGUAAAUCAUAUACAAACCGUUCUCUAUCCUUCCGCAAUCCUUGAUCUUCACUUUCACCCCGAACGAGAAAAAUGUGCCGUUCUAGCUGUGGUAUCCAGUACCGGAACCCUUUCUUUUUUCAGGCUUUCAAGUUUAGAAGGGUCUCAGGUCUCCCUAGAAGAGAUCGUUACACAUAGACCACUUGAUGUUGAAGAAGGAGUUCUCUUCUUAUCAUGCUCAUGGCAUCCACAUAUUCCCGAACUCCUUGCAAUUACGACAUCGAAUUAUCAAGUUCAUAUUUUGCAAGUUGAUGAUUCUUGGAACGUCCACAAGACACAUACGGAACCAGUGAUUACACAUACUCUUGAGGCUUGGACGGUGGCGUUCUCGCCGUUUACGCCCCAGGACUUUCAGCAACUCACAAUAUUUUCCGGUGGAGAUGACUCCAAACUUUUUGCCAGGAAAUACGCAUUUGAUCCCAAACGGAUAUGUGGCGAAGAUGAUUCAAUCGAGACCCCCUAUCCUCAAAUCACAAUGAAGGGGCACGAAGCAGGAGUCACCGCAAUCUUGCCCCUAAGCCUUCGGCUUGACUCGCUCAAUUCUAUAGUUAUCACCGGAAGCUAUGAUGACCAUAUCAGAGUAUUUGCCGUCUAUGACUACGAUGGAUUUCUUUCAAACUCUGGCAUAUUAGCGGCAAAGAAUCUAGAAGGAGGAGUGUGGAGGCUUAAAUUAAUUGACUUACAAAAGACAACAGGGGAAAAAGAGGAACAUCGCUGGACGGCUCUCAUUCUUGCAUCAUGCAUGCAUGCGGGAUCAAGAGUACUCGAAAUCACAGGUGAGACGGCUACCAAGUCUUGUGAGGUCAAAGUUCUCGGUCGUUUUGAGGAGCAUCGGAGCAUGAAUUAUGGCAGCGAUUUCCAGCCGGGAUCUGAAAAGGAAGACCGAAAGUUUCGAUGUAUCUCGACAAGCUUUUAUGACAGGUUGUUAUGUUUAUGGGAGUAUUAGUACUACCUGGAUGCCAAGUGCCGUGGGAAUGCACUUUCCACUUCAGUGUUUCCGUUAGGCAGUGUGGGCAUUGUACAAUAUAUAUCCCCACAAUACAAGUGACUCAUCAGUGAGUGGUACGAUGCGCACGCAGGUACCGUAACUACAUCCCUACUUACGUAAACGUAGGGCACUUAGGGCACUUGCAUAUCCUCCUCAAAAAUAGCCAUC